AUGGAGCCUGACAGGGACAGGGAUGAUGCCAAUGCCACCGUCUACAAGCUGACCCUGCAGAACCACUCCAACGCCAGCGCACAGUUCACCGGGGUGCAGCUCAUCCAGUCCUUCAAACCCCUCAUCAUCCCCUGCUACACCCUGGUCGUCCUCGUCGGCAUCUUCGGCAACUACCUGCUCCUCUAUGUCAUCUGCAAGACCAAGAAGAUGCACAACGUCACCAACUUCUUCAUUGGGAACCUGGCGUUCUCUGACAUGCUGAUGUGCACCACGUGCGUGCCCUUCACCCUGGCCUACGCCUUCAACCCCCAGGGCUGGGUUUUUGGGAAGUUUCUGUGCUAUUUUGUUUUCCUGAUGCAGCCCAUGACGGUCUACGUCUCCGUCUUCACGCUCACGGCCAUCGCAGUUGACAG